UUUCUAAUUCCCAAUUUAAACACCUACCGAAAAACACCAUGUUCACCCUCCAAAUCCACACCGUCGACUUUCCACAACCUCUUCCGACCACCGUCGCCACCACUUCCUCCGCCGCACACAGCCCAAACCCUAACACUAACCUCAGCAGCCUAAGCCUAUCAGAACUUAGAGGGAUCGCCCAUCUGUUCCGCCACCUUCCCUCUGCCACCACUAUCGCUAACCCAAUUGCCCGCACCACCACCGUUUUCAUUGUUGCUGUCCCAAAUUACCUCUCCCCUGAUGAUUUCCUCCUUUUUUGUGGGACCCAUAUUGCUGACUUCUCUCAUGUCCUCUUCCUCAAGAAUGAUGGAAUAGAACAUAGUUACAGUGUGUUGAUCAAUCUUGUUAAUCAAUUGGCUGCUGAUGGGUUUUACUGUAGCUUCAAUGGCAAAAGGUUUAGGCCUACUGAGGCUGAGAUUUGCCAUGUUUACUUUAUUCAAUCAGUGGAAUAUGCAGAGUCAGCACAUAUUGCUAGUACGCCUCCUGCUGGUUAUACUGAAUUGCCAACGUGUCCAGUGUGCCUUGAAAGGUUGGACCAAGAUACAAGCGGAAUACAGAGUACACUAUGUGAUCAUUCAUUUCAGUGCUCUUGUGUCUCAAAGUGGACCUAUUUGGCAUGCCAAGUCUGCCGACUUUGUCAGCAGCAAGAUGAGAGACCUACCUGUUCAGAGUGUGGAACGUUGAAGAAUCUUUGCGUUUGUCUGAUUUGUGGUUUUGUAGGGUGUGGAAGGUAUGAGAAAAGGCAUGCUAUAAAACAUUGGAGUGAUGUAGCGCAUCACUAUUCACUUGAAUUGGAAACCCAACAAAUCUGGGACUAUGUAGGCGACAAGUAUGUCCACCGCUUGAAUCAAUCGAAAGGUGAUGGAAAGUUGGUUACUGUGAAUUCGCGUUGUACAGCAGUUGAUGGAGAAUGUACAACUUGUGGCUAUGAUGAGGAUUCAAGUUUUAGUGGUGCUCUUUUCACCAGCAAAGUUGAUUCGAUUGUUGACGAGUACAACAAUCUUCUUGCUAGUCAGCUGGAGGCUCAAAGACAACAUUAUGAAUCUCUACUAGCGGAGGCAAAAAGUGGAAAGGAGAGUUCAAUAUCCAGGGCGGUGGAGAAGGCAGUUUUCUCUAAGAUGAAUGACAUGCAAGCUAAGAUAGAAAUGUAUACAGAGGAGACGAAGUCUGUUGCAGAGAGGAAUCAAGUGCUUCUGAAAAACCAACAGCUUUUGCAGACCAAGUGUAAAGAAACUGAAGAAAGGGAAAAGUUAUCGCUCAAGUCGAAGGACGAGAAAAUACUGGAUCUCAAGGAACAGAUACGGGACUUGAAAGUUUAUGUUGAAGCUCAGAGAAAACUUUCAAACAUGGGAAUUUCAGAUGGGAAGGGAGGGUCAGUUCUCUCUGUAGAAUCCAACCAAUCUUCCAGCAAUUCUCGAAGGCGAUCAAAGCUAGGUCGAAGAAGGAACUAGUAGCGAUGGAUCAUCCUCCGCACCUGUAUUAUAUGUGUUUGAGCAAUGUAGAUGGCAGAGUAAUUCAGUUUUGGUGAAGAAAAAAAAGGUUGAUACCUGUAAAUUCAUGAAGUUGGCCAGUGUAAUGAAUUCUUCCAGCCAAGUUCUGGAAAGAGGAGGUCCCAAAAAGUGAAUUAUAUGUUUAUUUCAUUGCAAGUAUGCUUUGGAAAUUGGGAACUA